CCGAACAAAACCUGCAGAGGCCGUAUUACUACUGCGCUCGACGAUACCGAUGUGCAUGUAGUCAAUGUUCACAACCAUCAACCCAAUGCAGAAAUUGUCCCGAAACGACGAGUGCGCACAAUGCUGCGAAAAUUGGCUGAAAGAGGAGAGAUUCCUCAGAGUGAGAUAUUAAAAAAAAUUCAAGAUAUGGAAGUUGCCUUUGGUCGUAGCCGAGAACAGGAAAUUACAAACGGAUACGUUACUGAACGGCGAUAUAUUAGUCGUCACAUGAAACAUAAUAUGCAUUUGGAUAAGAGCUGCUCCCCAGUUCCAAAAAAAUCUGGAUAUCACAAUUAUGAGUUGAAAACUAAGCAGAACAAACAUGGUUCAACGAUAAAAAACGGAGAAAAUAAUAAAGACGCAAAAAGCAAGGACGCGACGGUGCAUGAGGCUAAAAUUACUGCUCCUGUGAAUGAUAGUGUUCUCUUUCCUGACGAUGAUAUGCUUUUAGAUUUAGAGCACCAAAAGUGUUUAAUAGAACUACUGAAGUCCGUGCAGUGCUCACAUGAUAAUGGAACGAACUCAGUUGAUACAGAAGAUGAAGAAAACAUGAAUGGUACUACGACGUUGCAGAAGUCAUCGUGCGUGUUGGGAAAGAGAAAGGACUCAACUGAUUCUCAACAAUUUCAUCAGAACUCAAUUUUAAGCGAAUCUUCCGUGUUCAGCAAUUACAACCCAGCUUUACGAGGCGAGUUAGCUUCUGAGAUAGGAGCUGUUUUAUGCAAAAGUUUGUGGCCAGCUAGUUUUACUCGUGUUGCUAAAUUACAGUUUAUGCGUGAUGUGAUAGAUAAGAUACUGAACUCUUAA